UACACACAGACAGACACACAGACACACGUACAGACAGACACACGCACACCCCAACCGGAACGGAGGGGUUGGACCGAGCUUGCGCGCUCUGCGGGGCCCGGAGCGGGACGGCAGCGAUCGAGCGGGGGUAGCACCGGGGUGGCGGGGGGGUGAACCCACCCGCUCGCCCGCCCCGGGCUCCCGGUUCGGGGUGAUCGGGGAAGAGACGGACAGACAGACGGACGGACAGACAGACAGACCCCGGGCCGCAGGGUCCCACCGCCCCCGCCCCGCAUCGCUGCCGCAUUGCGGCCGCCCCCGCCCCGCCCGGUAGCCCCCUCCUCUGUGCCCGGGGUCUGUCCGCCUGCCCGCUGCCAUGAGCUUCUUCGGGUUCGGGCAGAGCGUGGAGCUGGAGCUGGUGCUGAGCGACCAAGAGAGCCGGCGUCGGGUGGAGCACAAGACGGAGGAAGGCAAGAAGGAGAAAUACUUCCUCUUCUACGACGGGGAGACGGUCUCCGGAAGGGUCGUCCUCAGCCUCAAGUACCCCAACAAGCGCUUGGAGCAUCAGGGCAUCAAAGUGGAGUUCAUCGGGCAGAUCGAACUCUACUAUGACCGAGGAAACCACCAUGAGUUUGUGUCUCUGGUCAAAGACCUGGCCCGUCCUGGGGAAUUCACUCAACCACAGACAUUUGACUUUGAAUUCACACAUGUGGAGAAACCUUACGAGUCCUACACGGGGCAGAAUGUGAAGUUGAGGUAUUUCCUCCGAGCAACUGUGAGCCGCAGACUGAACGAUGUGGUGAAGGAGAUGGACAUAGUUGUGCACACCCUGAGCACCUACCCAGAGCUCAACUCCUCCAUUAAGAUGGAGGUGGGGAUUGAGGACUGCCUGCACAUCGAGUUUGAGUAUAACAAGUCCAAGUACCAUCUAAAAGAUGUGAUUGUUGGGAAGAUUUACUUCCUGCUGGUGCGAAUCAAGAUCAAACACAUGGAGAUUGAUAUCAUCAAGAGAGAAACAACAGGGACAGGACCCAACGUUUAUCAUGAGAAUGACACAAUAGCAAAAUACGAGAUCAUGGAUGGGGCACCUGUGAGAGGUGAGUCCAUUCCCAUCAGACUCUUUCUGGCUGGCUACGAGCUGACUCCAACAAUGAGGGACAUCAAUAAGAAGUUCUCUGUGCGUUAUUACCUCAAUCUGGUGCUGAUUGAUGAGGAAGAGAGACGCUACUUUAAACAGCAGGAGGUGGUGCUUUGGCGGAAAGGAGACAUAGUGAGGAAGAGCAUGUCCCACCAAGCAGCCAUUGCCUCUCAGAGGUUUGAGGGGACCUCCUCACACAGUGAGGCCAAGCCCCCCAGCCAGCCUGCAGAGAACAACGGCCGGCAGUGAGAGGCCACGCAGAGGAAGGCUGCUGUGGAGCCACUGGGGACAGCAGCGACCAGGAGGAAGAAGGAAAAAAAAACAACAAACCAAACAAAAACACUUCAGAGACUUCACGAGAAUAAAUAUCCGUUUUUUGACUUAAUUCCUUUCUUCAAAGGACUCGUAGGGUGGGAAGGGGGUGGGGAGGGCAAGGCAAGCUGGAGCACUGGUUGAAGGUACCUCGGUGCUUCCCAAUCAACUGCACUCCUCUGGGGUUGGGUUUGUGGAGAUUUUGCUGUGCGGAGCUGCCUGAUCUCCUCUUUGCCCCCAGAGCCCUUUUUUUUCAGGGCUGCAAUGGGGAGGGAGAGAGCAAGUGAAGGCCAAAAUCUGCUGCUUGCUUCCCAGCGGUGUGGAGGUUGCUUUGGGGCUGUAUUAGGAUGGAUGUUCUUUUUCUUGCCUUUCUGAAACCCUGAUGAGGAAAGAGGACACAGUGUGACCAUGUCCUUGCUGUGCAGCACCCGUCUGCAUCUGAAGGAGUUGUGGCUGCUGGGAGGGAGUGAGUAGGAGGAAUGCAGAAGGAGGUGGCACAGGUUGGGCAAGGAGAUGAAGGUCCCAGUGCUACUGGAGGGGGACAUCAAGGCUCCUGGAUGAGAGCAGUUCCUCCCUAGUCCUGUCCCAGCAGCUGCUUGAGUGCCCCUGAGGUUCAGUCUCUGAUUGCUGUGCUCAGACAGGUCCCAGUUGCUGCUGCAGAAUGGGGGCAGAGCAGGCAUGAGAGCUCUAGAGAAGAGUUUUGGAUGGAGAUAAAUAAAUGGAGGCUCUCUUGGGAGUGGGCUUGGGCUGCCCUGUUCAUGUCUGUGUCCUUAGGAUGGAGCAGGCUUUGUGGCAGGGAACAGGCUUGUGGUGUUUUGUUUGAUCCCUUCUGCCUGUGGGGUGGGGAUCAGUAAGGACAGAAAGGAGAUGCAGUUGUUGUAAGAAGCUCAUGGUCUGAUGAAGCCAAGCAGCAACUGGAAGGAUAGUGGGGCUCUGAUUCCAGACACACAUUCCUGAGGCCUGAGAUGAAGUCACCAGUGAGGUUUGAGGGUAUUCCAAGAACUGGGAACCUGAAUGUGGGUUGGUGGUUUUUUUUCUUCUUUUUUUAAAAAUAAGCUUCUUUUAUUCUUCAGCUAAGUAGAAUCAUGAAAACAUUCCCAGAAGGGAAUCAUUCCUCCAUUGAAAAUUAGAUGUGGUUUUGUAGACUUGAUUGAUUUAAGUCUGGAGAAUAUCCAUCCUGUUUAGAUGCCCUUCAAGGCAAGGUGGUUAGACCUCCUACCAGAUAGAGAGAUGAGCCUGCAGUAAAUGCUGGGAUAUGAGCUCUGUCAAGUAGGAUUUGUCUGAAUUUCCCUGUGAGUUUAUGGCUCACUAGGGUUUUAUCCAGCUUCCUUUUGAUGCUGGAGCAUCCUCUGCCUCUGUCCUACAGCUGAUUGUAUAAUAGUUAUCUUGCAGCUGGGAAAUGGAAGUAUUUUCUGGUUUGUGUCGUGGAACAGUGCUGGAGGAGGAAGUGGAGCCUGGGUGGGAAGGGGAGCUUUUUAUGUAGUAAGACAGCUACUGUAUUUCAGUGAUAAAUGUGUGUUUCUGCUUGCCAAAGUAAGUUAUCUUUUACUCACCACGUGUAAGGCUGUGGUUUUUUGUAGGGCUGGACAGUCUCGCUCUGUUGUAGAGGACACUAAUGAUCUCAUACUGCUGAAUACUUGUGUCACACCACGUUUCUGCUGUGUAGUAGUGAAGAUGUGGCUUGCUUUUCUUUACAUGAGAAGUCUGUGCCAUGGGCUGGAGCCAUGUCUUCCUAAUACUGAAGCAAAAGCUGAUUUAAGACAACUUCCCUGUUAUGCCAGGCCAGGGGGGGGGUCACCUGCUGCAGGUCUCACAUGGCAAAGGAAUCUGGAUGUUGCUUUUGACACCUCCUCUCCCCCUCUCUAGGGUGGAACCACCUGUGCUGUGGCAAAACACCAUCUUUUAGAGACAAGCAAAGCUCCCACCAGGAGCCCCUGAGCAGACCAUCUUUGCACAGCUGAGCUGAGCACAGCAGCACCCUGACUGUCCCCUGGCUUACCCUCAACUCCCAUCUCACCUAGAAUUUUUUUUUUUUCCUUGUCUAUUCCUCUCGAUUGUGGGCUUGGUGGUGGUCAAGAAAUCCCAUGGAUGAAGAGGACUCUGCAUUCCACAAGUGUUUUGUUUACUGGCCAGAUAGCAUCAGUACUGGAUCUUAGACAGGAGUUGUCAGGAGAGUUCUGUUAAGCAUCUGUUCAUCACUUCUGGUGGGUUUACUUGGAAAAUAUUCAUUACUGUUGGGUUGUUGUGUUAUUUUGGUUUUUGGUUUUGUUUUUUUUCCUACUUGGUACCCCUCUCCCCACUGACCCUACUUGUGGAACAAGAAUUUAGAAGUUGUCCCCAUUUUUACCUAAUCUGAAAUGGACUAUUCAACCUGUUACCCACUGUGUUUGUCUGGAGUGGAGCAGACAUGCUGAGCAUCUUCAGAGUGAAGUUGAAGCAUAAGGUCACUCCAGGACAAGGUACUAUAGAAAAGUGUUUCCUUAGCAUGAUAAGGGGCAUGGAUGGUCGUGUCCCCCUGAGCUGGGUGGUUCUGUUCAGUACUUGGGUCAUUCCCUCUCUCCCGGGCAGUGUCAGGCAGGGGGGGAGUGUGCCAGAACUAAACCAAGCAGUGCAACCUGUAAUUAAGCCUCUGCUGUGUUUACAUGGUUCUUAAUUCGUUGUCUUUUCAAUGGCUGUAUUUUAAAACUUGGUUUUUUUUGUCUCUCCAAUUAAAAAGAGCCAGCCCUGGCUGUCAAA